AUGAAACUCAUUCAUGUUAUCAUAUGGGGAAUACCAGGAGUAAUUACCUUGACGGCAUAUUUCUAUGACAAGCUUGGUAAUGGUACUUACUCCAUAAAUGGCGGUAGACGAUUUAACAGAAACGUUCUUCAGUGGAACCAAAUCAGUAAUGAAUUGAGACGAGAAGAUGAAAUAUACUGUAUCAGCUGUCUUAUCAUUUACUGUCUACGAUUGUGGGGAAUUAUAAGAUUGAUUCUGGGAUUCGUUAGAAAAUAUAAAACGUUUCACAACAACUGGUAUGACCAUGUCAUAAAACAAGCUUUAUUAUAUCUACAUUCAUAUGGAGAUAGUGCGCAGGCGUUUUGGAAUUUUAUUCUUUUCUGUGUAUGUGACAAAACCGUUCGCUCACGUGCCAAAAGAUAG